UAAUACUUGAGGGGAGGACCAUUAGAACUCCAAAUGCCCAUAGAAAUUCUUGUGGAAGUGACAGAGCGUUUCGCCAUCUGAGUUCAUCAGUGUGUUCCAGCUUUCGUUUCUUGGGUAAAUAAUAAUAUAGCAAAAACGCCUGUUGCAGGCUCUGGCUGGCCAUGGCCGAUUUUCAGACUUCUACCCACCGUGCCAAGUGGAUCUUCACUCCUCCCCAACUGGCUGAAAAAUAUAAAGCUGCUAAUCAGAGAGCAAUACAAAUUUUAGAGAAGCAUGGAGCAACUCUUAUGGAAGUAGAUGUCGAUGGGUCUUUGUCAUAUCCUUCACUUCAGAAAGAUAAUGCUGACAAGCAUUCUCGCCCUAAACCCCUCAGUAUUGAAGAGGAACAAUGUAUCCGAGUUUUUUACGAACAAUUACAAGAAGUGUGCAACAAUUUUCACUUUCCUCAUAAAAUCCAGGCUACAGCGCUCAUUUAUUUUAAAAGGUUCUAUCUACAGUGGUCGGUGAUGGAACAUCAUCCAAAAAAUAUAAUGUUGACCUGCAUAUAUGCUGCUUGUAAGAUAGAAGAAAACCAUGUAUCUGCUGAGGAGCUUGGUAAGGGAAUCUCACAGGAUCACCAAAUGAUUCUCAAUAAUGAGAUGAUUGUCUAUCAGAGCUUAGAAUUUGACCUUAUUGUGUAUGCUCCGUACCGCUCAGUUGAAGGUUUUGUAAACAAUAUGGAGGAAUUUUGCAAGGCUGGUGACGAAGUGCUUCCAAUGUUGAAGGCCUUGCGAGACACUGCAAGAUUGGAAAUUGAUAAAAUGAUGCUUACAGAUGCUCCACUUUUGUUUCCUCCUGGCCAGUUGGGAUUGGCUGCUUUGCGAAAUUCAAUGCACCUUCUUAGUUGUUCUUGA